GGGAACAGCCGGAGGGUUGCACCGACCUCCCAAACCCGGUGAGGCAGCCGGAGGGGACAGCCAGAGGGCCGUGCGAGGGCCGGGAGGGCAGAAGGCUCCCGGCAGCGCGGCUCCCCCGGGCUCAGGCCGCCUCCAGCUGCUGCUGGGCAGCGGCGAGGCGGCGCUGGAGGCGGCGCUGGCGCCAGCGGAGGAAGCGGCGGCGGGCCCGGCCCGCCUGCCAGCCCACCAGCACGCCGGCGGCGAAGGCGGCCAGCAGCGCCCAGCGCACGGCCCGCGGCCGCAGCGCCUCCAGCGCCAUCCCGGCCGCUCGGCUCGCGCCGCCCCCGCUUCCGCCGGGGCGGGGCCGCUAAAGGCGGCGGGGCCGCGGGGCGCGUCUGCCCGCGCCAUGGCGGAGGCGGCGUCGCAGGACCUCUUGCUGGCAGCAGCAUUUGUCUCUGAUGCGCAGUACAACAGAAAUAUCCCUUUUAAAACCUCCCCAGAGGCAGUCAGGCUUUAUUAUCUCUAUAACCACUGGAUUAUGCGAACAGCCACCUACUUCUUCAUCUUUCUCAACCUGUCCCUUGCGGUGUUUGAAGAACCUGCUGUGUAUCCGCUCCCCUUCCUGGUCACUUCACUGGUCGAGGUGUUGUGCCUUCUGGUGUUCUUUGGCCGACUGGUACAUUUUGCAAAAGUCACCCUUCGCAACGUCUUCUGGAAGGAUACCAAGAACAUCUGCAUCAUGGUUGCAAUCCUGUUAUCCCUAACAGACUUGACCAUAUGUGGGGUUCUCAGGAUAUACAAUGUGAGGAGCAUUCGAUGGUCAAGAAUUGUGAGGCCCAUCUUCCUGAUCAACUUUGCAGAGAGUCGCCAGAUUCGGAGAGCCUUCCGCAGCAUCCGCAACACACUGCCAGAGAUCACCUACGUCUUCUUGCUCUUCAUGUUUAGCCUUCUCAUGUUCUCCCUCAUGGCCUUGAAGCUGUUUGGUGAGAGGAAUCUCCAGACGGCAGAAGGUAUGCCGUAUUUCAAAAACUACCUAGAAAUUGUGUUUGACCUCUAUGUGCUGGUGACGGCAGCAAAUAGCCCGGAUGUCAUGAUGCCAGCAUUUGACUUCAGCUCAUGGUACGCCCUGUUCUUCAUUGCCUUUGUCAUUGUCAACACUUAUAUCUUCAUGUCUCUCUUCCUGGCUGUUGUGUACAAUAACUACAAAAAACACCUCAAGAAUGAGAUCCGCAAGCUUGCUUACAUGAAGCACCGCAAGAUGAUAGAGGCCUUCAACCUCCUGAAGGAAGAGGAGGGAGCACAGUUUGUGGUUAGAGAAGCCCGGUGGAAACAGCUUGUCAAACUGGUGGCUCCUGAUACCAGCAACUCCCACCGAGAGCUGCUGCUACGCAUUUCGGAUGAUGAGCAGAAGGGUUUCAUAGACAAGAAGUCCUUUGUACAACUGGCAGAUCUCCUCAACAUCCAGGUGAUUACUCUGAAAAUACGCAGCCAUCCGCUGGGGCAGUGGAUGCCUCGUGUAUACAAGUCAGCAGCAAGUCGGUUCCUGCGCAGCAUGGUUAGGCACAGGGGAUUUGUUUGGACUUACGACAUAAUCAUUCUAAUAAAUGCUAUCUUCAUUGCUCUGGAUGAGGAAACCCCUUAUAUUUCUUACGCGGAGUGGGUCUUCCUUGCUUUGUAUAUAGCCGAGAUACUCCUGAAAGUGUAUACUUAUGAACCGAGAGCAUUCUUUGGCAAAAAUCAGUUCUGGAACUGGUUUGAUACUCUCAUCAUCUUUGCUGCCUUGACUGCAACGAUACUCAAUACCACCCUGAAAUCGACCACAAAGUACAACAGCCAACAGAUCCUGGAUAUUGUCUUCAUCUUAAGGGUCCUCAGGCUAAUAAGGAUUGUUGACAGCGUUCAAAGGUUCCGGGUCAUCAUGAACACGCUGAUAAACAUCGUACCAACAAUGUUGACAUUUGGUGGGCUGACUCUGGUUGUGUACUGUAUAUUUGCUAUCAUUGGCAUGGAGUUGUUCUAUGGGAAAAUCCAGUUCUUUCCUGCAAACUCAAAUGCUCCUCACGCCCUGGAAUGCGGAAACCCAGCUCUCAAGGAUUCUCUGUUUGCCCGUGGGAAAUACUGCAAGAAUAAUUUCAACAACUUUGCAUCGUCCUUCAUUGUCCUGAUGGAGCUCACUGUAGUCAAUCAGUGGCAUGUCUUUGCCAAUGGAUUUGCCAGCGUGACAGUUCAAGCUGCAAAGCUGUAUUUCAUUGCCUUCCAUAUUGUGAUGGUGAUAAUUAUUGUCAAUAUCUUUGUGUCAUUCAUUUUGGAAGCUUUCUUUGUGGAGUACUCCCUAGAGAAGAGUGAAGUAGAAACAGCCAUUGAACAGAAAAUCCAGGAGCUGGGAAUGGGAGUUCAAGAGAACUACGAGGCCGAGCUGCGGAGCUACCGAGGGCCGGACCCGCUGGAAGUGUGGGACAGGUACGCGCGGUGGGCCGAGGGAUGCCUGCCCCUGCCGGAGCGGCAGAGCCGCCUGCCCGGCCUCCUGGAGCGCCUGGUGCAGGCGGGGAUCGGCCACGAGAGGUACCGCCAGGAUCCGAGAUUCGUUAGCUACUGCGUGAAGCUGGCAGAGUUCAUCACUUCUCCUUGUCAGUAUUUUGACUGCCUGUACGGAUACGGAAUUGGUACAAAGGCAUCUAACUUCUAUGUUGCCUGGGCUCAGCAGCUUGUAAAAGAAGGCAACGUGCAAUGUGCAGGAGCUGUCCUUCAAAAAGGGCUUCACAACCAGGCACAGCCACGAGAGUGCUUGCAACAGCUCUACUGCUGGCUGCAGAAUUAUGAUCCUUGGAAUCCUCCUUUGCAAGGUGCUGCCGUUAUAAAACCACUUCAAACUUCACAGGCUGCAAAUCAGAUGACUACUGGAAAAGGUCUUUCAAGUCCUACUGACCCACCAUACACUUGCAAAAAUCAGAGUCCUGAUUCUGCUGGUACUCAGUCCAGUUCUUCUGGUGGAAGAGAAGAAGUGAAGUAUGUUACGUACAUCUCCAAAUCUGAAAUUCUUCCCAAGUCAUCAUCUACUGUUGUUGAAUGUGAGCAGGUUGCAAUGUAUGAUAAAAACCUGCUCGUAUGCGAAGGCUCUGAACUUUCCUUUGAGGAGCUAAGAGCCAAGAGAUACUUCAAGAAACACGAGCGCCUCAGAAGACAGCAAGAAUGGGAAGAAGAAGAGAGAGACUCUGUAAGGAAAAAAGAGUCAGCUGUCCUUGAACUGCAAGCCCUACAGCAGAAGCUGGAGCAGCUCACCCAGCUCACCAGAAGCUUGGAGGAAACUAGACUGGAGCCAGCACCUACAGCAUCAGCUGAACCAAAUAAGAGGGUGGUGCAUCCACAUGUGAUACCCAGUGCAGCUCUACAGCAGAACCGGAUGGCAUCUUGUCAAAACUCAGAUCUGCAAAACACCCAAGCUCUGGUGCCAGACCAGCCUCAAUCAAGCGCUUUAUCGUCCACUGCUCUUACACUGCAGCCAGUGAGACCCGUUGACCACCAGAUAUCAUCAGCCUCCCUCUGGGAAGUAACAGAUAAGAAGGAUGCAGUCAAAACUCAGCUAGAGCUUGGAGAGCUCAAGAACAGUUUGUUACACUCUCUGUCCAAUAAUGUUUCAGCUCAGGAACAGGCGCAUCCUAGAUCCACUCUUAACUGGAGCGCUGGAGAACAGUGCCCUACCAAGAGAUCUGCUGGGCUAGCUACUUCUGUGGGUGCGAAAGAAGCAUCUCUAGUUGGAAAUUCUGCCUUUGCUUCUGGAAAUGCUUCUCAAGCUACGCCGAACACCUCGCUGGGAGGAGCAAGGCAGGCAACACCAUUCAAAGUGCAGCCUUCACCUACAGUUCAUACGAAGGAAGCAUUGGGAUUUCUCAUGGAUAUGUUUCAAACACCCAUCUUGCCUGAGCUGUCUCUUGAAGAAAGCAAGGAGCAAUCUGAAGUCUCUUGCAGAAAAUGUGAGCCUGAUGGAAGUGUGAAAAAUAAUGUUGUUGCUCCUGUCAUGCCUGCAUUUUCUAUCUUUGAAGAUGAAAAUGAAAAAGAGAACAGCAGGAUCCCACAGCAUAAAAACAGGCCAGAAGAGCCCAGAAGUGUUGGAGAACGUCCCUUGUCUGGCUGUACAGCAAGUACAGAAGAAGAGGCAGGGACAUUGGAGUCCUUGAGGGAUGAUUAUACAGUGUGGAAUGCACCAAGCAGUAAUAAAACCUUAGCUCCCAGUCCAAACAACACAAGAGACUUCGCACGAGCUGCCCAGCUUGUAUCAACGCCAUUUAAUUACCUGUCGGCAUGUUCGCAACAAGCUUUGGGGUACAAAGCCUGCGGGGAUGACUUACGGCAAAUGGAUUUGGAGUUUCCUGAAGAACUGCACAAGCAGACAAAGACUAAGAAGCUAAGCCCUGCUCUAGAACAAAUUGCAGAACAAGAGGAGCUUCAAGGAAAUGGAGUUCAAGGAAUGGCUACAGCUGCUUCUCAGGCAUUACAUGAAAAGACUGCUGUGAGAAGAACUGAAUAUGCCUUGUCAUCUGGGGUGGACAAAAUUUUCCAUGACAAGCUGUCUGGAGCUGGGCAGUACAGGGCAGCCCAGAGUGUUAGAGCUGCAGUCCUUGUUGAAAACCCUUGGGAUAAGGAAUUGAUUUGCAAAUUCUUAUCAGAGCUUCCUAAACCACUCCACACCUACAGCAACUACUUUGAAUGGAAGUCUGCUCUUCCACCCAUCACACUGAAGGCUGAAUUCCGACUGGGUUCCAACUCAUUCCAUGUGGACUGCUUGGUUGGGGAGGGAGCUUUUGCCCAAGUCUAUCAAGCUUCCAUUCUGGAUGCCAGUAACUCUAGAAACAAUCAGAAAGUAAUAUUCAAGGUCCAGAAGCCUGCCAACCCCUGGGAGUUCUAUAUAGCAACACAACUGGUAGAAAGGCUCGAUCCAAGCAUAUGCCAUUUCUACAUCCACUUUUAUUCUGCUCAUUUAUUUCAAAAUGGAAGCAUUUUGGUUGGUGAGCUUUACAACUAUGGAACAUUGCUGAAUGCCAUAAACAUUUACAAAAAGCUUCCUGAAAAGGUGAUGCCUCAAGCACUUGUCAUCUACUUUGCUGUAAAAAUUCUUUAUAUGGUGGAAGAGCUCCAUAACUGCAAAAUCAUUCACGGUGACAUUAAACCUGACAACUUUAUACUUGGAGAAAGGUUUCUGGACAAUGACACGUGUGACAUAGAUGGGCUCUCUCAUGGCUUGACGCUCAUUGACUUGGGCCAAAGUAUAGACAUGAAACUCUUCCCUGAAGGAACGGCGUUUACCGCAAAGUGUGAAACAUCUGGAUUUCAGUGUAUUGAAAUGCUGACACAGAAACCGUGGAACUACCAGACGGACUACUUUGGCAUUGCAGCAACGGUGUAUUGCAUGCUUUUUGGUACCUACAUGAAAGUGAAGAAUGAAAAUGGUAUCUGGAAGCCUGAGGGGACCUUCAGAAGGCUUCCCAACGCUGACCUGUGGAAGGAGUUCUUUGAGAGCAUGCUAAACAUCCCCAGCUGCCGCAGCCUGCCUUCUCUAGGAGUUCUGCGCAAAAGGCUGAAGGACUUAUUUUGCAAGUCAUAUGCAAAGGAAAUAAAGUUCCUUCGGAACAGGCUUGUUGUGUUGCUUAUAGAAAACAAACGGUCACGAAAAUAAGCAUGUAGUUUGCACAGUUCCUGAGGACUGGCAUCUCAGUCAUGUGAAAUCUUUUUAUACUAAUUUGUUUUAACAAUAAAUGGCUAACUUUGGGAAUAA